UUUCAACACCUCUCUCUCUCUAUCUCUCUUUCUCUCUCAAGAACGUCAACAUGUCUCAGUCUCACUCAUCGUCAUGUUUUUCUUCUUCUUCUUCUUCUCCUAUAUGGUUGUACUCUUACAUAAAGCUCCGAUUCUUCAACCGCAUCCGACGGUUCCUGCGCUCCAAAGCUGGCCGCAAGCGAUACACGCCGUCCGAUCAUGAUCAUCAUCAACUGGCAAUCAAAGACUGCAGCCGCGACGACGCCGUUGAAGUAGUACAGGGCGACGUACUUCAGGCUAUGGAGACUACAAAAGUUGACUGUUGUCGCGGUGGCGGUGAUGACGUGGCGGCGGGGCUACAGAGGGCGGUGAAGAGGCUUCACUUUGGGAGCGGGGAAGAGAAGGAGAUGGCGGCUAAGGAGAUUCAGAGUUUGGCCAAAGAGGACGUCAAGUUGAGGAAGUUGGUGGCGGAGCUCGGUGUUAUUCCGGUUUUGGUCACCAUGGCCUCGUCGGAGGUGGCUCACCGCCGCCGAGUCGCGGUGGCGGCUUUGAUUGAGCUUGCUAAUGGAACUUACACGAACAAAGCCAUUAUGCUGGAGUCAGGAAUUCUAUCAAAACUACCAAAGAACACCAACCUUCUAGAUGAGCCAACCAAGCUUGAAUUCUCACAACUUCUCUUGACAUUGUCUUCACUAGCAAACACACCUUUCCCUCUAGCCCCCUCAGAAAUUGUCCCAUUUAUUAUCAACAUACUUGAGUCAACCACUUCAAGUAUUGACACAAAACAAUCAUGUUUAGGCACUUUGUACAACCUCUCCAUAGUCUUGGAAAAUGCCGGGCCUUUGGUCUCUAACGGAGUAGUCGACACAUUUUUAAAACUUUGCUCGACAAAGGAACUUUCGGAAAAAGCCCUCGCGACCCUAGGGAAUUUGGUGGUGACCCUAAUGGGAAAAAAUGCCAUGGAAAACGGUCCAAUGGUGCCGGAAAGUUUGAUAGAGAUAUUGACAUGGGAAGACAAGCCUAAAUGCCAAGAGUUAUCCGCUUAUAUUUUAAUGAUUUUGGCUCAUCAAAGCUCCGCUCAAAGGGAGAAGAUGUCCAAGUUAGGGAUUGUGGCCGUGCUUUUGGAAGUUGCUCUAUUGGGAAGUCCUCUAGCCCAAAAAAGGGCCCUAAAAUUGUUGCAGUUGUUUAGUGAUGAGAGGCAAGCCAAAAUGGGCCCGCAUUCUGGGCCGCAAACGGGAAGGAUUGGAAUGGGCUCGCCUGUGAAUCAAAGGGCGAGCCAAGAAGGGAAGAAGAUGAUGAAGAGUUUGGUUAAACAGAGUUUGCAUAAGAAUAUGGAGAUGAUAACAAGGCGAGCCGAUGCAGCUGGGGAGUCUUCUAAGCUCAAGGCCUUGGUGAUCAGCACAAGCUCUAAAAGCUUGCCUUAUUGAAGAUACACACAAAUUUUUUUGUCAUAAUUUUUUUGUUCUUCUUUGGGUUCAAUUUGUUUUGUUUUUUAUGUUUUUUAAGAUGUGCAUUGGAAAAAUGCUAUUCUUUUAGUGUAGCAUGUGAUGUGGUAUGGGGAAUGGGGAUAACUGUGGACAAGGAUGAUUUUCCAGAGAGGGCGCAGAUGUCCUCCUCCAAAUAGAAAUGCAUUUCUUGUGCA